CUAAGUCUACCCUCUUUAAAAUCAUUUCCCCAUGUCCUAUCGCUAUCUGGUAGUGUAAAAAGUCACUCUCCCUCUUUAAGAGCCCACUUUAAAUGCUGGAAGGUUGCUAUGAGGUCUCCUUGGAGCCUUUUCUUUUCCAGUCUUAGCUUUUUCAGCCUUUCUUCGCAGGGGUGGUGCUGCAGUCCUUCACUGUCAGUGCAGUGGUGAGUAGAAAAGCAAAGAAAUAGCUUUUUCAGCCGACUGUCUGCAGUACCAUUUAGUAGGACACGAGGGCUUUACAGCUGUUGCUGGCUGUUUCACAACAGCAUUAUGUUUGCUUUUUGUCUGUGUUUUGACUCUUGGUUCUGUGAAUUCACCACUUAGUGCUGACUUGUUUGUGUUUGAAAUGUCAGUGCUUAUGCUUUUAUUAAUUUUCUUAAAUUCUAGUCUGGUGACUGGUGCUAAUGACAGGAAAUGAUUAAUGAAUGGGACCUUGCUGAGAAUGUGUCACAUUCUCAUGUUUGCAUGGAGCUAAUGGCAUGCUGCAUUACUGGCUUUCAUACAUUUUCUGCCACUUUAAUUGUUGCAAGACUAAAGUUUGGUACUUGGCCUGCAAUUCCAGUUUAUAAAUUUCAGCUCUUUGAUAAAAAGCUCCAGCAAGACAACUGUCAGCAGCUGCAAAUAAGCUAAUCACUUUUAGUAAACUAUUUCGUUCACUACUUAAUUAUUUUUUAAGGUGUGAUAGACCCUUAAAAAAAAAUCUGUCCUGUUUCUUGUAAAGUUUUUUGAGACCCUUUGGUGGAAGAAUUAAGACUGUCCAUGGAAAGGAGGAAAAAGGGGAGAGUUUUGCAGGCUGCUAAGAGGGGAGAUGUGGUGGGGAAUUGCUGUUCCCUGAGGCAUCUUAUGGCAGACCAAAGUGUGGUGUCUCCACUGCGGUUUCCCUGAAACUGCUCUGAACUGCUACAGUCAGUGACAAAUUUUGUGUUACUUCAGGCUUGUAAGAAGGGAAAUUUUUUUUUCUAUUUAAUAAUACUGGAAGGUUGUGCUGAAGCUCCGAAAAGGAUUGUUAAUGGCCAUAGUUGUAGUCAGGUUGCUGGAACACUCCAAGAAAAUCUGGAAUGGGGGUUCAGAUGUCUCGGCUGGAUCGCAAAGCGGCGCUUCCUCCUGCCCAGGCGCUGCCUUGCUGCCCUUAUCUUGUAGCAAUAUUGGAAAAACCUGCCAGCGAGGUUUUGAGCGGGCUUGUUCGGCAAGUGUGGGCCACACCUCCGCUUCUCACAGCUGGAGCACGGCCCGGCCCUGCGCAAAACUCGAGAUGAGCCCAUAGCGAGCAGCCCUUCGCGGCCGGGCCUCCGGGAACUCGCCUUGGGCUCCCUGUCCCAUAUUCGGCAAGGACAGCGGGACGUUUUCCCCAUGUUCCAUGAGGUGCUGCGGGGCCCGUUUCCGCCCAGAGUGCUACCUUUCCUGGCAGCGGUGCUUUUCCAGAGGAAGGAGAGGAGAGACUCGGGGCUCUGUCACUGGCGGUGGGAAAAGCACCCUUACUACAACCUAACAGUAAAAGUCCUCCGAGCCAGAAACAUCAAGGGUACCGAUGUGUUGUCCAAGGCAGACUGCUACGUGGAACUGAAGCUGCCUACUGCAUCUCCCCGUGUCUCUCGAACUCAGGUUGUUGACAACUCUGAGAACCCAGAAUGGAAUGAAACCUUCCAGUAUCGCAUCCAUAGCGCUGUCAAGAACAUCCUGGAGUUGACCCUCUAUGAUAAGGAUGUCCUUGUCAGCGAUGAGCUCACCUCUAUUGUCUUCGACCUGGGGGGCAUGAGGCCGGGUCAGCCCCUGCUGCGCACCUUCAGGCUGAACCCCGAGGCUAAUGAAGAGCUGGAUGUAGAGUUUUUCUUGGAGAAAUGCUCAGAUGCUCCUACAGAAGUACUGACCAACGGAGUCCUUGUGGUUCAUCCUUGCUUGUGUCUGCAAGGCACUGUCAACAAAGAGGAAAACACAAAUGAGAAACAGCAAGGACGCUGUGAGAUCAAGGUGUCUGUCCCAGGGGCAUAUCAAAAGCAGUUGUCUAUUCCUUGGACACCAGACAAUGAGACGGAUUAUGGAACCUCCUUUGUCUUUCAUGUGGAUAAAGAAAUGUGUCCAGAACUGCAAGUGGAGCUGGAGCAAACCAUAUCUGUCCUACAGGAUGGCGUGAACCCUGAUAUUGAAAAGCAUUCUACAGUUCUGGGACUGGGGACUGUACCAGUUAAUUCCCUUCCUAUUGGAGAAAAAGUUGAUAGAAUCAUUUCUUUGGGAGAGGGAAAAAGUUUGGAUAUGAGUUUGAAAACUGAAGAGAGCACUUGGGAUCUUGAUAUACGUCUGGGUUUUGAUCUCUGUAAAGAGGAGAGAGAAUUUUUGGACAAAAGGAAGAAAGUAGUUUCUGAGGCACUGAGGAAGACUCUUCACUUAAAAGAAUCCCCUCCAAAAGAUGAGGUUCCAGUUGUAGCAGUACUGGGCUCUGGAGGUGGGAUGAGAGCACUGACAUCGUUCUAUGGCAGCCUUGCUGGGCUGCAGCAGCUGGGCCUUCUGGAUGCUGCAAUAUACCUCUGUGGGAUUUCUGGCUCCACUUGGUGUUUAUCAACACUGUAUCAAGACCCUGACUGGUCACAGAAAGACCUCCAAGAUGCAAUCAGAAGAGCUCAGGAUACUGUGUCCAGCAGCAAAGCAGGGGCAUUUUCCCCAGAACGACUGAAAUACUAUUUCCAGGAGUUGAAUGCAAUGGAGAUCACUGGACGGAAGGUUUCCUUUACAGAUUUGUGGGGCCUUAUUGUGGAAUAUUUCCUACAACAGAAGGAAGAUCCCUCAAAGCUGUCAGAUCAGCAAGAAGCCGUGAAAUGGGCCCAGAAUCCUUAUCCUAUCUAUGCAGCUGUCAAUGUGAGACCCAAUAUAAGCAGUGGUGACUUUGCAGAGUGGUGUGAGUUCACUCCCUAUGAAGUUGGAUUUCGCAAAUACGGAGCUUUUGUUCGAACAGAGGAUUUUGACAGCGAGUUCUUCAUGGGACGGCUUGUCCAGAAACAUCCAGAGCCCAGGAUUUGUUUUCUACAAGGAAUGUGGGGCAGUGCCUUUGCUGCAAGCUUGGAUGAUAUCUGCCUGAAGGUGGUUGGUAUAGGACUGAGCUUUCUGGAUUCUUUCAAAGAUGUUAUCAAAGUUGUAGAUGACUGCCGAAGAUUCCAUUUCCGAGACCCAGCACGACUGAAGACUCGCUUGGUUAUACCUGGGGGCCCCUUGUUACAAAUUUUUCAGGAUUUCUUCAAGUCCCGGGUCACAUGUGGAGAAACCUUCAACUUCAUGAAGGGAUUGUAUCUUCAUAAAGAUUAUGUUAACAUCAAGGAAUUUGUGACUUGGAGAGGUACUCACCUGGAUGCAUUUCCCAACCAGCUGACUCCCAUGGAAGAGAGCUUGUAUUUCUCAGUUUUAGAGCUGACUCAGAAAUACUGUGAGGAGCGGGAAAUUCCUUUUCCAAAAAUCAAAUUCAGUCAGGAAGAUGAAGAGAAGCCAAAAGAAUGUUACAUGUUUGUGGAUGAAAAUAAUCCAAAGGCUCCAAUUGUACUCCAUUUCCCUUUAGUGAAUGACACUUUCCAGAAAUACAAAGCUCCAGGAGUUGAACGUGAGUCAGAAGAAGAGAAAUCCUUUGGUGACUUUGUCAUUGAGUCGAAAGAUUCCCCUUACCGUACACUAAACUUCACCUUUGAGCCGUAUGAUUUCAGCAGGUUAGUGGAAGUGAAUCGCUACAGUGUUCUGAACAACAAGGACACUCUCCUCAAAACCCUAAACUUGGCUCUGCAGAGGAGGAAGUUGAAGAAAGUGAUCAAUAAGUCAAAUACAUGAGCAGUUUCCAAGGCUGAGGGUAUACAGAGAGGCUGCAGUGUACAAAAGCCAUGAGGUUCAAGACAGGAUACUGAAAGUGGAUAGCUGGAAGCUGUCUUCCUCGGGAGGGAGUAGUACACCUGACACUGAAAACUCAUUCCAGGUUAUGUGCUCUGAUGAAAACUCAAGGGAUGUACAAUACAACAUGGACAUUGCUUCCUCACAUGGGGAAGAGUGAGGAAUUACCUAGCUCAGUGUCUCAAAUCGCAGUGGCUGAUUCCAGAGGAUUCAGGAGGCCUAUCCAAACCAUUCAAGCAUCUGGAGAAUAAUCUUCCAGACUCUGAGUAAUUCACCUGUUUUUAUCAAAGGUGUGCUGGUGUUUGAGGAAACAGAUUCCUUCUGUACCUUUAUCUCUUACUUAUGAAUCUUCUUUCAUGAACUUCUACAGUUUGCAUCAUCUUAAAAAGAACUCCACAGAUAAAAACUACACACUGAGAGAUGUCACCUUUUGCUUUCAACUUGCUACUGGCUGAUGCCCACAUACUUUCAAGACUAAGUAGUCAUUACUUGCUUCCCAUUUUGCCAUUCAUGGUUUCAAUUUCCUUUCCCUUCUUGAGGAUUUUAAUGGCUUUUUGUCUCCCAGAAAUUCUAUACAGAGUAUCUUAUUUUGGUAAACAAUUUUUUUUCAAGGAAAUAAAUGUUUUUUAUG